AUGUCUUCAGGUGCGAGGAAUUCCUAUACGGCCGAAUUCAAACUGAAAGCAGUGGAUUACGCUGUCGAGAAUGGAACCGGCCAGGCUUCUCUGCAUUUUGGCUCUAUCGCAGGAGAUACAAAGAUGGCGAAGGAUCAGGAGAAGCUCAGAAAGUGCGACAGAUAUAAGAGAGCGUUUAGAGGAUCCCCACCAAAGUGGCCAGCAUUGGAAGAAGAGCUGAGUGGAUGUAUUAUCGAGGAGAACGAGGAAGAAAAGUUGCAACCGUGA